GAUCAUUAUCCAAGUUGCAGGAUCCUCCAAACUUCUGCCUCGGCCAUCUAUCUCCUCGCUCGCUCUCUCUCUCUCUCUCUCUCUCUCUCUCUCUCUCUCUCUCUCUGUGAUUCCUUUUGGUGCUAAAUUCUUCAGAAAAUGGCAGCCAAACGCUUUUUUAAUGAAUCAGAAUCCAACCAAGAUCAGCCAGGCGAGAAACGGAGGAGACCCAGAUCUUUUGCUUCUGUCAUUGGAGAAGUGGUUAUGGUGAAUUCCAUUCAGAACAUCUUCUCAGGCUUGGAACCUUUGCUCAGAAGAGUGGUGAAGGAGGAGGUGGAGAAUAGUUUAAAGCGAUGUUCCCAUUCAUUGACUAGGUCUCCUUCCUUGCGAAUCCAAGCACUAGAACCCUCAAGCCUCCGAUUGAUUUUCAGGACCAAGCUUUCACUCCCAAUAUUCACUGGAAGUAAGAUUGCAGACAUUGACAAUAAUCCACUCCACGUUCUUCUUGUAGACAAGAGUGGUGAUCCAAUGCUUCCAAUACAUCUGCCUCACCCAAUCAAAAUAGAGAUUGUUGUUCUUGAUGGUGACUUCCUUGCUGGUCAAGAUUGUGGUACAGAAACUUGGACUAGCAAAGAUUAUGAUAACAAAAUUGUGAAGGAGAGAACCGGCAAGCGGCCACUUCUAGCCGGAGAGUUAGUCGUGACCAUGAGAGAUGGAGUCGCCCCGAUUGGAGAUAUAGAGUUCACUGACAAUUCUAGUUGGAUCCGGAGCCGAAAAUUCCGGCUCGGCGCAAAAGUGGCACCGGGAAGCUAUCAAGGUAUUAGGAUCUCCGAAGCCAUGACUGAAGCUUUUGUUGUCAAAGAUCACCGUGGAGAAUUGUACAAAAAGCAUCAUCCACCAGCACUGGGGGACGAAGUUUGGCGCCUCGAGAAGAUAGGGAAAGAAGGAGCUUUCCACAAGAAGCUGCAAAAUGCGAGAAUUAACACUGUGCAGGAGUUCUUGAAGUUGUAUGUUGUCGACUCUCAAAAGCUUAGAAAGAUUUUAGGUCCUGGAAUGUCUGAGAAAAUGUGGGAAGUAACCAUAAAGCAUGCAAGGACUUGUGUUUUGGGCAGCAAACGCUACCUUUUCCAGAGAAAUGAACAUGUCAUCAUCUUGAAUCCUAUAUGCCAAGUUGUUAGGGCUGUGAUAGAUGGGCAACUCUACCCUACAAGGGACCUCAACAACAUCAAUAGGAACUCCAUUCAGGAAUUGGCAAGGGCAGCAUAUGCAAAUUGGAGUUCCUUGCAAGAGGUCGAUGGAACUUUAAUGCAUGAGACUCCCUUACUCACACAAGGGGAGACAAUUGAUGAGCAAUAUUAUCCCAAUCAUCAUCAUCAGCUAUCGAUGGUGAAAUCAUUUCAUCAUCAGCAAGAUCAUCAUGAGGGGUAUAAUACAGUUGAUCAUAGAAGUAACAUUGAUGUGGUGUAUGGAGGUUUAGGGGAUGAACACAUCAGGUCAUCAUGUAGUGACUGGAUAAUUAGCAUGCCUAUCGAAAAUGGCAUGAUCAACUAUAGUACCAUCUCGGAUCAGUCGUCAUCGGACGGCGAGUUUAUCCCUUCAAAGCUGCCAUUCCUCCUCCAUGACUAGGGUUGAAGCUGGAAGAUGAUCAUCCAUGCAUGAUCAAUUUCUGGAGUAAUGAUCUUGUCUGAAGUACUUAAUUAAUUAGGUGUCUAGAAUUCAGACAAACUCCAGAGAUUUUUUUAUCAGAUUGAUCCAGAUGUAUGCAAAUGACAAAGUUCAAGAAAGAUCACCACCCAAUAAUGAGGUGUUAAGCUCUUAAUUUGGAUAGGAUCGAAGAUGUGAGUUUAGAUUUAAGGCGCGCAACUCCCAAAGUGCCUGCUUUGUAGAUCAGACGUUCUGUUUUACAAA